GCCGCGUUGGCUGGUGUGGGGUUGAGUCAGUUGUUAGUGGAGGGGGGGUAAGCGACUGGUCGUCAGACUGCCCGAUCCGCUGGCCGAAGCAGGAAGCGAGCGAGCGGUGAGCCCAGGCUGGUGACUGUGCCCUUCUCACAGCCCCGGCGCUUCGCCAUUUCUCCCCUCUCCCCCACCUUGAGCUCCUCCCACUCUCCCUCCCCUGGACAAUCCCCCCUCCCCCACCCAGGCAAACCGCCGCCUCGGGCGCGCCCCCGCUCCCCCUGCGCUGUCUCUCCGAUGGCGGCCGCUGCCGGGGCCAUGGCAAAGCACGAGCAGAUCCUGCUCCUCGACCCGCCCACAGACCUCAAAUUUAAAGGCCCCUUCACAGAUGUAGUCACUACAAAUCUUAAACUUCGAAAUCCAUCAGACAGAAAAGUAUGUUUCAAAGUGAAGACAACAGCACCUCGUCGGUACUGUGUGAGGCCGAACAGUGGAAUUAUUGAUCCAGGGUUGACUGUAACUGUUUCAGUAAUGCUACAGCCUUUUGACUAUGAUCCAAAUGAGAAGAGUAAACACAAGUUUAUGGUACAGACGAUUUUUGCUCCAUCAAACACUUCAGAUAUGGAGGCUGUGUGGAAAGAAGCAAAACCUGAUGAACUGAUGGAUUCCAAAUUGAGAUGUGUAUUUGAAAUGCCCAAUGAAAAUGAUAAAUUGGUAAGUAGAUAAUGUAAUUAGUAAC